AUGUUGAUAGGCACGAGGUCUUCUCGCACAACUGCCGUUGACACCACAAGGGAAGACACCAUUCAAGCCGGCUGCACAUUGUUGCUUAGAUUGCCGAGCGGAGAUGUGAAAACGUGGAAAUUAGAGAAAGACUCCACCGCGAACUUAGGAAAGUUUGGGUCUUUCUAUGCUAACGAGUUGAUUGGGCAACCGUUUGGAUUGACAUACGAUAUAAUCGACAAGAGACUCAAAGCCGUACCUCCUAGCACUUUGCAGGAAGUAGAGGAUACGGAUGCGACAAAUGAGCUUAUAAAUGACGGCCAGUUUGUCCAACCUCUAACCUCCGAAGAGAUCGAGGCCCUGAAAAAGGCUGGUCUGCAUGCCUCAGAAAUUAUCAAGAAGCAGAUUGAGCAGCAUGCAAAUUACGAACUUAAGACAGAAUACAGUAAGGAGAAAUAUAAAAAGCGGAAGGAAGCAAAAUAUUCAAAAUCAUUUACCGUUUUGGAUCCUACGAUAUUCAACGUCUGCGAAUAUUGGUUCAAUAAGGACCAGAAUAGGCUGCGCGAUGUCCGUUCAGAUGCACUGUCCCAGAUGCUCAAUAUGGCGAAUAUACGUCCGGGAGGGAGGUACUUGGCCGUGGAUGAUGCAUCCGGUGUGAUAGUUGCGGGAGUCCUAGAACGCAUGGGCGGAAUUGGCCGACUCAUCACGAUAUGUGACGUCGACUCACCACCUGCCUACCCUGUGAUGGUGCACAUGAACUUCAAGAAAGAGGUUGUUCAGGUCAUGUCCUCGUUGAAUUGGGCGACAGCUGACGAAGACUAUACUCCAAUCCUGGCACCUUCUGAGCCGCCUACAGGAAAGUUCAAGUCCGAUGCACAGAAAUCGAGACUGAACAAACGCAAGGUCGUCUCUGACUCUCUUAUGCAGGCCAGAGAAGAUCUUUUUGCCGGAGAGUUCGAAGCGCUAGUAGUUGCAAGCGAAUACGACCCGUUUUCAAUGCUUGAGAGGCUCUCUCCAUAUCUAGCAGGUUCAGCGUCCAUUGUUGUGCAUAGCCCACACAUACAAAUCGUCGCGGACCUACAGAGCAAGUUGCGUGAUCGCCCUCAGUAUCUAGGGCCUACAGUUACCGAACCCUGGAUGCGGCGUUACCAGGUGCUGCCUGGCCGCACCCAUCCCUUGAUGAACAUGUCCGGAUCUGGGGGUUUUAUACUGCACACAACAAAAAUGCGAGUGAUCCCAUAUUUCUAUGAUGACCCUGCUGCAUCGUCCAUCGUGGCACAUAGACAUAAACCGAAGAGGGCCAAGUUAGACGGCGAUACUACCGAAACUGCAUCGUCCACUGCUAAUACAACGGCAGCAUCAACCCCAGCUCCGGUUGUCGAGGAUCAAGGAGAGAACAGGACAGACAGAUGA